CUCCUACAUUCUCUUUCCCUGUGUCAGAUCAGGGAUCAUUUUUUUUUCCUUCCUCUACUCCCUCCCCCCUACCCGCCCCUCCCUCCCUGUUUCCCUUCCCUCCCUCCCUCCCCUCUCUGCUGGGUCUGUGCGCUGGGGCGCCCGAUCCCCUCCGCAGCUGGGACGCUCCGAACUCGAGGCAGGAGUCGGCUCUCCGGAGCCUCGUCCCUCCCUUCCCCUUCCCUGCCCCCUUCCCCCACCCCCGACUCGGGCUUGGCGCGGCGGCCAGAGGAACCCCGAGUCCCGGCCCAGGCCCCUGAGCCAGAAGGAUGGAAAACUCCUCUGCAGCGUCAGCCUCCUCGGAGGCGGGGAGCAGCCGCUCCCAGGAGAUCGAGGAGCUGGAGCGCUUCAUCGACAGCUAUGUGCUGGAGUACCAGGUGCAGGGGCUGCUGGCUGACAAGACGGAGGGUGAUGGCGAGAGCGAGAGGACCCAGUCCCACAUCUCCCAGGAGGAAGCACUCAAUGGUGGACCACCCAUGAAAGGCUUAACAGAAGAAUGGACAGCGGACUGCAGCGAACCGCUGGACAGCAGCUGUUCCUUCUCCCGAGGGCGAGCCCCCCCACAGCAGAAUGGCAGCAAAGACAGCUCUCUGGACAUGCUGGGCACGGACAUCUGGGCGGCCAACACCUUCGAUUCCUUCAGUGGUGCCACCUGGGACCUGCAGCCGGAAAAGCUGGACUUCACCCAGUUCCACCGGAAAGUCCGACACACGCCCAAGCAGCCCCUGCCACACAUCGACCGCGAAGGGUGUGGCAAAGGGAAGCUGGAAGAUGGGGAUGGCAUCAACCUGAAUGACAUCGAGAAGGUCCUUCCAGCCUGGCAGGGCUACCAUCCGAUGCCCCAUGAAGUGGAGAUCGCACACACCAAGAAGCUGUUCCGCAGGAGGAGAAAUGAUCGAAGGCGGCAGCAGAGACCUCCAGGGGGGAACAAGCCCCAACAGCAUGGUGACCACCAGCCAGGCAGUGCCAAACACAACAGGGACCACCAGAAAUCGUACCAGGGGGGCUCAGCGCCCCACCCCUCAGGGAGGCCCACUCACCACGGCUACAGCCAGAACCGGCGCUGGCACCAUGGCAACAUGAAGCACCCACCAGGCGACAAGGGGGAGGCAGGCGCACACCGCAAUGCCAAAGAGACCAUGACCAUCGAGAGCCCAAAACUAGAGGACACUGCAGGGGACACCGGGCACAGCGGCCUCGAGGCCCCCCGCAGCCCUGACACCCUGGCCCCGGUGGCUUCUGAGCGGCUGCCCCCACAGCAGCCAGGGGGGCCAGAGGUUGAGACAAAACGUAAAGACAGUAUUCUUCCCGAGCGCAUUGGGGAGCGGCCCAAAAUUACCCUGCUCCAGUCUUCCAAAGACAGACUGCGGCGAAGGCUAAAGGAAAAGGUACCGGAUGAAGUGGCCGUGGAGACGACCACUCCCCAGCAGAACAAGAUGGACAAGCUGAUCGAGAUCCUGAACAGCAUGCGAAACAACAGCAGCGACGUGGACGCCAAGCUCACCACCUUCAUGGAGGAGGCCCAGAACUCCACCAACUCCGAGGAGAUGCUGGGCGAGAUCGUGCGCACCAUCUACCAGAAGGCCGUGUCCGACCGCAGCUUUGCCUUCACCGCCGCCAAGCUCUGCGACAAGAUGGCGCUCUUCAUGGUGGAGGGAACCAAGUUCCGGAGCCUGCUCCUCAACAUGCUGCAGCCAGACUCACCACUGCUAUCUCAAGGAACCCAGAAGCGCCAUUCUCAUGAGCCAUGACAGUGCUGGAGCCCCUGGGGUCUCAGAGGACCCCGUCACCAAUCCCACAGUUCCAAAAUGGUCUUCGAUUUUUACAUCCAAGCCAAUUCCUUUUUGUCUGAAAUGUGGCCCUUUUUUUAGUAGUGUCCUUGUAAGUAAAAUUCUGUUUAUUAAACAGACAUUUCUUAAAUGUGCCAAGCAUGUUGUCUUUAUUAGGUCAGGGGUUCUCAAAUUGGAAUGUGCAUAUGAAUCAUGUGGCAUUUUGUUUAAAUGCAGAUUCUGAUGCAGGAGGCCUGGGAUGGGCUUGAGAUGCUGCGUUUCAAACAUGCUCCUGGUAGAUGCUAGUGCUCUCAUCUAGGGAUCACAGUGGGAAGUCACAAGGCAUUGAAUGACUGAUGGUUUGUAGGUGGUGGCUUUGUUUCAUAGAUGGGCAGACUAAAGCACAGUCUUACCAGUGUGAUUGUCAGAGUGGAGGUCUGGCCUGGAAAUAUUGCAUUUCAGAUACUGGCUCUUCUUUAGGUCAGUGGUUCUCAGCCUCGCUGUGCAUGAGAAUCAUUAAAACAUAGCAGGCAGGGGGCCUACCCCUAAUCAGUUGAUUUAGAUUCUCCAAGGACACAACCUGGGCAUUCCUUAGCCAGAGGGGAGCACCGCCAUUGAGACACCCCAGAGACACCAGACUGUUUCAUCGUGGCCACUUAUGAAUCAGCUGGCUCUGCCUGUCAUGCCGCAAACCAGUCAAGAAAUACCUGCCAGGUGCUGGGCUCUUUGCUGAGCCGUGGGGGAGAAUUCCGAGCCUGAGUUGGCGGGAGAACCCCGUUACACAGGAGGCCGCAGCUGCUGAGAACAUGCCUUCCACUCCCCCAGCCUCAGGCUCUUCUCAUCGUCACUCUGAGCCUCCUCCUUGAUGAGAUGAAAGCCACCUCUUCUCUCCACUGCCUCCAUUUCUCUCUGUCCUCAGCUCCUUUUCCCAUUUUCCUUUUCCUUGGCCUGGGAUAUGUGUUGGAACAGCUAUCACAUGUUUUAGGAAAAGGGCCUCACUCUCACCCACGGUGCCAGGCUGUACCAGAGGCUGGGACUUCGCAGUUCAGCCUGUCUCCCCGCACCCCUUCCCACCAAGGCUCCCAACUUCGGCUUUACAGGGUCCUGACUGCAGACUAGACUGACUGACUAGAUGAUGAGCAUUGAUUGUUUCCGACUUACAGGAGAAUGGGGGCUGCCCAGGGUGCCUGGGUUAGAGAAGGAACCAAAAGUUUCCCUGGAUCCUCAUCAGGGAAUUGUGGUGUGAUACAGGGCGGUGAAGGGGCUCCAGUUUCUCAGAGAAGUGAGGAACGAGUGUGCCUCUUUUUAUGGGACCUUUGGAAUGACAAGAAUGGAAGCCUGAGCCCCCUCCACCCAGCACUGCCCUGUCACUGCCCCGGGACGUCCACGUGGGCUCUGGGAAUGCUCCUUUGCUGAGACAGGCUUGGGUAGUACAAGUUCAAGCCCUCCUCUGUUGAAAUGUGUGUGCUCUGUUUAGCCAAGAGGUGUCUGCAUCCGAGCUAUGCAGAGCAAAGUAUUAUUAGAGCCGGCAUCAGUGUGUCUGUAACUGAACCCAGCUCUCCCUAGCAACCGUUGCCAACAACACAUCUAACAGAAGGAUGCAAUACCUUUUUUUGAAAAAAAAAAAAAAAAAAAAUUCAUCUCAACCAAGUCGUAAACACAGCAGGCCUGUUGUGAAAAGACAACACAAAAUCAGAAUCUGGUGUGUGACCAGAUUUCAAAAUAAAUUGCUCUUCUCUAGUACCUUCUAGAAGACAGCCCCUUAAAAAGCUGACCUUGAGCUAAAGAGCAGAGAAACUCUUCAGAGUUUCUGCCUGGGUCAUCAUCAGGCAUUGUGUUUUGGGCUUUUCAUACAUAGAAACUCAAUUGGGUGGUCACUCUGGGGUCUCUGGGAAUGACUCUAGCCCAGAAGGGGCACUCAAGAUUUUCUGGCUUGGCUUUCCUUAUCAGUGAACCUCUCAAGUGUGAGACAAGCCUGAAGAUGUAACUUACCCUCACCUCAUCCUGGAUGUGUGUGUUGCCCCCACUUCAGCCCCUGUUUCUCCCAUCCUCCUGCCCCUCUCCUUGUCCCAUGUUUUCAGGCUUGGGAAGAAAACCUGGGUGGUUCCUCUAACUCUCUUCCUAAGGGGAAAACCUCCUUCUCAUGAUUCUCUCGAGGUCUCUGGAAAAUCAAGCCGUUUCCCUUUGUCAGAAGUUUGAAGUUCCUAACUCUUGUCUUUUACAUAGGAAGAGAGGAAGGGGACUGAUAACCGAUUCCUGGAGUCUAGGUUGUAAACUCCUAGAGGGCCAGAAUCCUGGCCAAGUUAUAGGCUGUCCCCAGCUCCUGGCUUCAUGGUUCACAGUAGAGACUCAGGAAAUCGCUGUGGAAGGGAGGCAUAGAGCCAUCAGUCAUGGGUACCAAUGCUCCCUGGGGCAUAAGGGGCUUUGAAGCUCUUCUGAGCACUUUCCUAUGUGUGAAUCGGAGGUAGGUUCCAGGGCAGGGAUCCCUCCCCAGGUUUAUACUGAGGAAAGUGGCUCAGUGAGGCUGCAAGUUUCACUCAACAUCAUGAGGCUGGCCAGAGUUUCUGGCUCCCAUACCACGUCCUAAAUAGGGUGUAAGGCUCAAAAGCUUGGGAAGAUCAAGAAUCCAUAUCAUGGUUGGGAGCAAUGGCUCAUGCCUGUAAUCCCAACACUUUGCAAGGCCAAGGCAGAAGGAUUACUUGAGGCCAGGAGUUUGAGACCAGCCUGGGCAACAUAACAAGAUGCCAUCUCUAAAAAAACAAAAGAAAUUAGGUAGUUGUGGCUGCAUUGCUACUGAAGCCCCAGCUACUCCAGAGGCUGAGGCAGGUGGAUCCAUUCAGCCCAGGAGUCGAGGCUGCAGCGAGCUAGGACCCUGCUGUUGCACUCCAGCAUGAGCGACAGAGUGAGACUCUAAAAAACAAAAAAGAAUCCAUCUCAGGAAGUCAUCAAUUGGGAUUUCAAAAUCCACCUGUUAAAUAAUCCCACUGUGUUUCCAGGGGUUGCUGAGUCUCUGAGCUUUCUGGGCCUCUGGAGGCCAAGAGUACCUGAAGAAACCCCUGCACUCUCCAUUCGCCCUAGUCCCUAUGAAACCACACAGGCUGCUGGCCCUGGUUCCCAUCUCCUGCUUGCAUCCUCUCCCUCCUCUCAGACCCCCUCCCUUAUUUCUGCACACCCACUGCUGAGCCGAUGUGCACUCCAGGCAUGUAAACUAAUUUUAAUGUUGGCCCAAGCCAGGCACACCCAGGGAUAGAAGCACAUUGUUCUGUGCAUUCCAAAGCCUGAGCAAAAGCCCUGGCCAUAUACACAUCGAGCUCCCCUCCACCAGUUGCUAGAAAUCAGAAAGGCUGAAGCAAAGGGCCAGAGGCAGUGCAAGCCGCUUUUCCCAUGGGCAGGCUGCGCAGAAGCUUGCAAAAGCCCAGAAAAGGGCUGCUUUUCUAAAAAUGGCUGGCAUCUGAGCUCCUGCUCUGCCCCCCACAGGUCAUCUGUCCCCAUGCUGAAGGCCGUGCCCUGCAAGGGACAUACACAGUUGCCACACAUAUUUCCCUGAAGGUGGGCAUCAACAGGCCUCGGCAGGUUGGCCUGGCAUCACAGGAGGCCAGCAGUCACAGGAGCUUGACCCCUGCCCAGGAUUCUGUGGCAGCCCUGGGCUCCCCCAACAGGAAGAGCCGAUGCCUGACUCCUAUCCAUGUUCUUUGCCCCCGCUGCCAGAGCCACCGUGGGUAGGAGCCGUGUACCUCAUUGCCUUGCACUUGCUGUGGAAUGAGUAAAUAUGACCUGCUUUUCUCCAAUCUUUAUUUCUUCUCAAUGCUUAUUGGGCACCUGCUAUAUACCAUGCACUGUGGCGGAUCCUGUAUGUCUCUGUUCACUUGCCCUCUGCUGUGGUCUUUCAAUCUGUGCAAAUCUGAAGCAUUGCAUUCAAGGACCCAGGUGGGAUACCUCAAAAUCAGUGCUUAGACCAGAUCGCCCUGACUGUUCAGUUUGGGUGGGGCGGAGGAACAUGUGGCUUCCAGGAGUGCUAAGCCUGUGGUGCUCUCUGGAGCUUUGAAGUGCUCAGUGAGACAGAGCAGCCAAUGACCAGAUCAUAAACAAGCAUUUUGAUUUUUGAAUCCAAAAAUAAACAGAGGAAAGAAAAUGACCACUGAUCCUCAGCCAGUCCUGGAAGGUGCCCAGAACAGCAGCAUGCCAGGUGUCCCGUCAUCAUAUCAUCAGGGGGGCCUUGGGUGCCAUUGCUGUGCCAACUACCGCCCCAGGCCCCCAGGGACCAGUGAGCUUCCUGCAAAACCAAGUGCCCAGCUUCCUGCCUCUGCACCACUGCUAUAUUCUUCAAAAUCACAGAGAGCCCUGCUCCUGAGAAAGCCCAAAAUGGGCUUUUACAAGUCUCAUGGGCAGUCUACUGCGGGCCUUGUCAGAGACUCUAGUUGUGCAGAGGCUGAGUGAGCCUUGGACAAAAGUCACUCCUUUCCCGUGAAAAGUGGCCAUUGCCGUGUUGUUAGGAGCGUGGGUGGCUCAGGAGGGAGAGCAAGACCAGCCUGCAGCUUCACGAAUGAGGUCAGCUGGGCCAUCUGGAGCAGACAGGUGCGGGUCGUGCCCCUGAAUCUCAUUUCUCUAGACAGGAUUUCUUGCCCCGAGGCAGCAACGCUGAGGCCUGAGGAGCAGCAAACCUGUGCGGUAGCAUUGACUGCUGUCUCGAUGCUGAUCUUGAGCAUUUAAAACAUGUCUCUGCACCCGAGUUUCUGUCCUGGGAGGGAUGAUUGGGUUGGUAGAGCUUAAAUGAGGUAAUGCAUGCACGGACCCCAGCUCUGAGCCACACUACUCAGAUGGCUCCAUCAGUGUGGAUGCCCUGCCCUGGUGGGAUGAACUGGGAAGCCCCUCUAACUUUAUCCCAUCCUAGAUUCCCAAAGACCACCCCAUGCCUAAGUCUUGGGCAGCAUUUCCAUUUCCCCCUCCUACGCUAAUUAAGUAUGGAACAACGAGGGCCGGCAAUGAGUGCUUUUAGACUAUUGUCUUCAUGGGCAGGCAGUGGGCCCAGGACUGACUGGUGUACUCUUCCUCCUAGUCAAAUCUGCCUCCUCCAGGAAGCCUUCCCUGAUCUCCCAGCCCAGGGACCUCACCUUCCUCUGACCCUUGAACACUUACCAUGUGUCCCUUUCAUGGAGUCUUCUGGGCUCCCCUGUUUAAGCUUUUCUUUUCUGAGACUUGUGUCCAUGGAUGUCUUGGGGCAAAGCAUGUGUCUGGGUCAUCUUUGUGUCCCACCACCAUACUGGUACACACUAGGUAUUCAGCAGGCGUCAGCUAGCUGGCUCCAGGAGCUUCCUUCUGUGGGGAGGAAGGAGCCUGGGUAGACAGGCGUGGGAAUAGCACAGGCCACAGCCACAAAAGGGAAUGGCCUGGGGUUUUCUCCCUCUCGCUUCUGGGCCAGAAGAGCUUUACCCAGGUCAGGAAUUAUUUCACCAUCACCCGUGUCUCUUGCCAGACCGUGUCCUCUUCCCUGCAUGCCCUCACCCCCCACCCCGGGUUCAUUUUCCCUGCUAAAUCCCCUGAUAGAACUUGGCCGGGCACUGCCCUGUCUGAGGCUGCCACGCUGAAGCAAGCCCUGCAGAUAAGUGGGUUACCGGAGAAGGCCAGCUCGGGUGUCCCAGGCCCCAGAGGGUCACCCCUGGCUGGCUGGCAGUUCACCCCCAGCACCUCCUCCUCCUCCUUCCCCGGAGCCAGGCAGGCAGGAGACAGCAGAUCUUCCCCACAGCUCUGUGAGUGGCCGGCCCCCAGCCGCCGCGGGGAAUCUGAGCUAUGCUAAGCGGCUCCAGAUCGCAGCAUCUCUGCCCUGCCCGGGCACGGCCAGCCCAGACAGGGCGCCUCUACCUGCCGUGGUUGCUGCUGGAAAGCUGGCACCGCCUGGGCCGAUGGAAAAAAUCUCCCUGCGGGUUAUGUAACUGCUCACCGCCCUGUCCCUGGCUCCCCGGGGAGGCUCCCAGCCACUACCAAGGGGGAGCGGUGGCCCCUGGGCAGGAAGGGGACCGCAGAGGGUCAGUCUUUCAAAAGGAAGAAAAUUGUGUUGAGUUAUCUGAGGUCCUCCUCUGGAACCAGCCUGUGUACGGCCCCAAGGUGUUUCCUGAAAAUGCUUAAGGAGCUCAGAGGCCUGCCCCAGCAGUAUAGCAAGGAAAGAGCUAGACCUAGCGGGUGGGAGUGGCCACAGAGGAGGAAGAGGGCAGGACAGUUUUGUUACUGUUUUUCUUUUCUUUUCUUUUCGGCAAAUUAUUAUUGCAGUAAAAUAUACCAUAAAAUUCACCAUCUUAACUAGUUUUAAGUGCACAGUUCAGCAGUACCCUGCACACCUACAAUGUUGGACAAUGCCCAUGACCAUCCCCCACCACCCCACCAAACCCUCUCAUCACCCCAAACAAAAGCCCUGUACCCACCAUAACUCCCCUACAGCAAUAACUCCCCUGCAGCCUCCCCUCCAUCUUCCAUCUCCAUGAAUUCACCCACCCUACAAAUAGCACACACAGGAUAUCAUACGGUAUCUUUCUUUUUGUGUCUGGCAUAUUUCACUUCACAUCGUGGUUUCAAGAUUUAUUCAUGUGUCAGAAUUCCCUUCUUUUUCGUGGCUGGCUAAUAUUCCAUGUUGUGUCUAUACCACAUUUUUUUUAUCCAUUUAUCUGUCAGUGCGCACUUGGUUUUCUCCCACUUUUUGGCUAUUGUGAUUCAUGCUGAUAGGAGCAUGCACGCACAGAUAUCUGUUUGAGUCCCCGCUUUUGAUUCUUUGGGGUAUAUACCUAGAAGUGGAAUUGCUGGAUCUUAUGGAAAUUUUAUCUUUAACUUUUUGAGUAUCUGCCAAACUGUUUCCAGGAAGGAUGUUUUUGAUGGGGGAAAUAUCAUCAAUCAAGAGCCAAAGAAAUGACACAAGUGAGGGACAAUAAGGAUACUGCCUUACUGAAAUUCAGCUGAGAGCUGGAGGAAGUCUAUAAGGUGGACUGACUAAGAGGCAGAAGGAUCUGCACUUUAUAAAGUGGGACUCAGGGAGCCAUUGUGGGUUCUUGAGAUGUAGUUCCAGGAUCAAUUAAAAAUCAUAGACCAGUGUAGACUUGCAGGAAGGAUCUACAGGUCAUCCAAUCCAAUCCCCUCGUAUUAAUUAUAGAUGAGAGACGAGGCCUGGGGAGGUUGAAAGAGGCCAUGUUUUAGGAAGACAUGUUGAUAAGUCAUAGGAUGAUGGACUUAAAGAUGUUUUACAUUAGAGAGCCAGGGGUUCUAGGUGGCCGUGGUGAUCUCUUGUGGAGAGAGGGCAUAUUCAGGCUUGAGCCUGCCCCUCAAAGGCCUGAGUCAUGAUGGCAGGCCUCAUUUCCCCGCCCUACUCUCAGGAGCAUGCUCUCCGGCCCCUGGCGCAUGGAACUGUGGCAUUCCCACCACCGCCCCCACCAGGCCAGAGCCAGGAGCUGGGGUUGCCUGCGAUGGGGGCAGUGUGGGAACUGUGCUCCCCUAGCUGUGGUCUCCUUCCUUCAGUAAGUGCUCCAAGAGCUUCUUGGUGGGCUCCAAGAGCUUCUGGGGCAAGUCAGUGAGCGUCUUCGAACCAAAGCCCCUGGGUGAGCAGGCUUCCCCAGCCAGGGGUGCAUAGCCUGGGCCCCUAACAUUGGCCUGCGGGCCGCUGAUGGGAAGAAUGGAUAGGGAAUCUGCACAGGGUGCCCCACCUCUGACCCUGGUGCCCCUCCCCACACUGCUGUGGGCUUAUUUCCUUGUCGCCCUUCGCCCAUACCAACCUGCGUGGGCUGUGUUUCUUGAUGCCUAGAAUGAACCAGAAGGGAGUUGAGGACAGAGGGUGAGAGGAACAGGAAGAGGAGAUGACAGGACAACUCUUUCAACAGCCAGCAGCAAUGCCACUCUUGCCUUGAACCCCCCACUCUAAGAGUAUUUAUACCCACAGUGUUCAGGGUAGCCAGGUUCCAUCUCCUCUAGAUGAAGAGCAGGCCCCCUUACGGAGACAGAGGUCUUCCCAGCUCCCCUCCAGACAGCCACCGAAAAGUCAGGAGCACACAGGGUGCACUGCACAGUGCACGGAAGGGAGGCACUGUUGCAGGGGUGGCCAUCGGUGCCUGGGUUAGUCUGAGGCCAAUUGGCAUCACGUGAGCAAUUUAAACCCAUGUUGUGCCCAGAGGCCAGCUUUUCCUACUUCUAGGUCUUCCCUGUCUGGGAUCCUCUGUCCAGGAGAGGCAGAAACACUUGACCAGAAGCAGAACCAUGGGCACAGGGAGUGUGCAUCGUGCUGGCUCAGCAUGGCUCUGCCCUUGAAACCCAGAGCCUAGAAUAAGGGGUCCCUGCACACCCCCAGAGUGCCCAUCCCUCACUGCCUCCCACCUAGAGCUCAGGUUUAAAGGCCUUCACUUGGUAUCAGGACACAGAGCUCUGAGUCUUCAGGGAAAAACAGCGGCCCCUUUGUGGGGAACAGGGAGGAACCUGCAGGGAACGACCCUCUCUUAACCCCUUGCUGGCCCUUCCAGGACAGAUCCCAGGUCCCAGAGUAAGAGAAGCUUCAGGUCACUUUGAAGUAUGAGGACAGGCAUGCUCAAAAUCACCCCCCGACCCCGCCCUGACAGUGCCCAGCCUAAGACCAAGUGCAUUCCAGAGAAGCCUGUGUGCACCCAGGUCACCCACACCCAGACCUAUUAAGUAGAGAGGGCGUAGGAGUGAGCACAUCACCAUGUCAUGCCCCUGCCCCCAGUUUUCCGCAGAGCAAAGGCCAUACCAAAGAAGUGGGUGGCUUCGGAGGUAUUUGGGGAUAGCCAGACUCCAGCUAAAGCUCGUGAAUAGCUAUAAUCGGAAUAAAUGCAUUCUUGAGCAACUGCGUAUUGGAGCACCACAUAUUGGACCCACACUUAGCAUGGACCCCAUUAGGCAACCGUCAUUGCAUUAUUCUGAGUAUAAAAAAAAAUGUGGCAAGAGGACUAAUAGCUCUAAAGUGGGGUUAGAAGCACAGUCACCUGGAAUCAGCCUCCCCUGCCAUAGACACUUCCUUUAAUGGCUUACCGCCUGUGGCAUAAGAAAUAACUCAAGUGCCCAAGAGUCAGCCACCUCCCUCUGGCUCUAGUUGUGGCGCCAUGCAGCGGGUUGACUCUGGGUGGAUCUCGUAGCGUGGCAGCCCUCCACUUACUCUUCUGUUAAAUGGGGUCGUGAUACCCAACUCCUCCCCCUGCCUACUGCACUGACAUUAUCAUUGCUAAAAUCCACUGAAACGCCUGACUUUUUGUCUGUGUUCCCUUAAGACUCCUCCUCCAUGAGAAACUUGUGAAUUUCAUAGCAGCAUGUUUUUCCUUUUCCCUUUGAUGAAUCCAUUCAUUCAAGGUUCUUAGGGGAGGUCCCAGGCAGGGAAAGUGCCCUGCGAUGUCCACACAGAGAUUCUUCCACAAGUCCAGGGACCCCUGGCACAGUAGGACUUGGGGUUUGGGUGCAGCACUGUAGAGAGCCCAGGAUCCAGCCACAAGGAAAGCUCUCCAAGGGGCCCUGGGACUGGCCUGGAGGCCCCACAGGGUGCCCUGAGCUCAGCACUGUGAAACCCCAGUGAAACAGGCACUGGCCUCUGCGUGACACAUAAAGUGGGGGCAGGGCCAGCUCAGCCAGAGGGCAGUUUAGGAAUGUCAGAGGAAGGGGCAAGCCCUGUAAGUGGAGUAGGUUGGGGAAGGCUUCCUGGAGGAGGAAGCAUGAAGGAAGAGGCAGGAUCUGGGUAGACAGAAGACAACAGGAUCUGUAGGUGGCAGGACCCUUUGGGAGACUGGGGGUUGCAGAGGAGGGUUGGGGGAGGAGGCACCGCCAGCCUGGCAGAGGGUGUCAGUCAGCAAGCCCAGGGCUGAGGCUGCCCAGCCAGGCCAUGACCCCAGGUCACUGUAACCACACUGGCCUGUUCAUUUUGCUGGCGCCUGCUUCUUGCCAUUUCAGGCCAAGACCAUAUUUUCAUCCAAAACUGAAACUUUUACCUCAAGAGUCGUGAGUUUCCUGCCAGCCUUGGGCCGUCUUCGGCAGGAGGUGGAGUGGGCCGCUGAAUCUGGGGCCCCGGCCAGCCCCCAGGGCCUCUGAACGCUGGGGUUUCUCUGAGGCAGGUGGUGUGGCACGAAAGGUCUGGCAUCUGAGACCAGGAGACACCCGCCACCCCUCCCUGGUGAGGUUACUGCCUCGUAGGAGAGGGCAGAGAUGCCCACCUCCAUAUGCCCCCAUGUGCCCCGACCAGCCCCUCUUUGUGCACCAGCUGCUUCCAAGAGCUGUGUGGAGAUGGGCGCCCACCGCCCAACCAGGUGCAGAGGUACCGUGCCUGAUGGGUGGGGGAGGGCUGAUGCCGCCCCCAGGAGCCCUGCUGGAGCUGGAGCAGGGCUGUGCAGGAGGCUGCCAUGGGGCAGGUCCACAUAGCAACCCUUGCUGCUUUCAACUCGCUCCCCUCUGCAGAAGUCCCUUUUCCUCCCCUCCCCCAAGGGGUGGAGCAGGAGGCAGAAAGUCUGAAGCCUGCCCCUUAACUAAUGUCACCAUCUAAGCCUCAGCAUCCCCAUGGGGGAAACGAGGGCACUGGGUGGGGUGUGGUCUGUGGGUCAGGUCUCCCCAGCCGGGCACCAGGCCCUCUCCAGCAGAGCCUGUGGCACCUCUGUCCACCUCGCACAGCCCCUCGAGUGCCUUGAGCCUGUGAAGGUUGCAUGGAGGUCCAGGACUGGGGAGAGCCUAGAACCCACUGCGGGUGGGAAGAGAUGACGGGAGCUGCUUUGUCUGCAAUCUGGCAGAUGUUUAUCCCAAACAGGGAACCAGAAGCUGACGACUUAAAGGCUCAGCGUGGGAGGAGGUGCUCUGGGCUGCAGGAGAUCCGGUGGGGGGCCCCAGCCCUGCCUUUCUCCGGCUGGGUGACCUCAGGCCAGGCCUUCUACCCUGGUGGUGGCUUCCUCGCGCAUAAAACAUGGUGGGGGUUAGAAGAAGUCAUUUCAGACAUUCCUUCAGGCUUUGUUAUCCCAAAGCAGACGCGCUAGGCAAACAGAGGGUGCCUGCUAAAUGCCUGUUGCUGACUGAUUGGUUAGCAGGUUGACCAGUGCAGAGCAGGGCCCAUCCCCAACUCUCCCCACCGGGCGGGCCUUGUGGUCCUGGCCCCAUCUACAGAGUCUGGGGCCUGCUUGGCUUGUGUGUGCUGGCCGCAACCUGCUGGGUGGGCAGGGAGGCCUGCAGGGGGCACCAGUGUGCAAGGUCAGCCCUCCCUGCCUGCGGCCGCCUCCCAGCAUCUUGGCAUCCUGGGGGCUCUCCCACAGGGAAGAUUUAAGCUAUAUGAUGGUGACUGCCACCAAGCCACCCUCCUAUGUGCAAUUUUCAGCCCCCCUGGGGUCCCAGCCCUGAGUCCAGAAACCUCAGGCUGAGAGUUGGACUAGAACCCACAGCAAGGGUCCCCUCCAGACCUCCAAAAUGGGCCAGUGUAGUACUCAUUCCCAUUUCACACCCAAGACAACCAGGGCUCCUGGAGGCCACAGGAGGGCCACAGAGGUCUCAGGUAGCUUAGAAGGAGGACAGACCGUGGGUCUCGGAUUCCCCGGGAACAAUGCCUGCCCAGAGAUCCAGCUGCCCUUAGGAACGAAUCAGUAUCAACCAACUGAGGCUGCAUUUUCUUAAAAUGCAUUGGUUUGUCUAGUGUUGGUUAUGUUCUUUCUCAAACAGCAGGAAGAGGUUGUGGGAAGAGCCCUGGCUAUCACCUGUCUUCUCCCAUGCAGUGGGGUGGACAGAGGGCGGUGGGACAGAGAGCAGGCUACAGCCUCAUCUGGCCUCAGUAGCCUUGUACAGAGGCAAAGGGGCUUCCGUGUGGGCUGUCAGCUCCUUCAACACCUGCCUGGACCUGGAAACAGGCAUGCCUUGAGUCACCAGCAGUGGGCAGCCAGCCGUAGAGUCACUGUGUUUCAACACCGCCAAUUUGUUGGCCCCACGCCUGGGGCCCCUGUGGUCAUUGCAGUAUGUUUUAUGGAACAUUCUGUGAGGAUUCCUCUUGGGGUUUUUUUAGCAGCCACCCUUGUUAGGAUGUUCCUAAAGUAGAAGGCAAACAGGCCACAGGGCCUCAGAAUUCUAGAAAAAAAUGUGUGCACAGCAUGAGCUGUGAGAGCCAGGAGGGCAUUCUCAGCCAUCUUCUAAGGAGCCAGGUAGAAAAAUGGGGUCGAUUCUUUUGUAGUUACUUCCUUAUUUUAGCUAUUCAUUCAGAAAUGUUAGCUGUUCAAAGGGUAUGUCAUUUAUCAAUCGGGAGGCAGGAGCCCCAAGUCUGCGGGAGUGCAGGGGAGGAUGGGAGCAGGUCAGUCACAAGCUAACUUAGAACAAGCAUUCAAUCCCCCAGAAAAUGCACCAGGGAAAGCCACAGACACUCCCUUUUGGUAGAAAAGGUCCCUGGUCUGUCUUCAACAGUGAGACACUCUUCUGGGGUUUGUACUAGGGGAACCUGGCCAGGGGAUGGCCAUUCAGCCUCUAGGCAUGUUGGGAGAAGGGACAGUUCAUGGUGCGCCCUGGGCACCCCGUUUCUGAUUUCUACCCCUGAGCCAAGAAGGCCUCUCCCAUCAACCACCCUGGGACUGUGAAGCAGGAAACAGACAGAGAUGGAGGUUCCAGGUGGCCUGAGGUGGCAAUUGAGGGUGGGCACGGAGUACUACACUUCACUGAAAUGCCAGCAGCCAGGAGGCGAGCACCUGGGGUUGGGAGUGCCCCCCGAACCCCAGAACUGGAGGCAUUCUGGGAGCAUUCUCAGUAGCAUCGCAUUGGGACACGUCAGCCCAGCAGGUCGCACUGGUCCCUGGGGAGCCCAGAAUGACAGUUUGUUUCUUUUUGCUCUUGCUGACAACGAUGCUACAAAGCUAUUUCAGCCCUGACUGAGAGUACAGGAUCUGGACAGCCCCGAUCUGAAUCCUAAGUUUAAUACUUGGCAGCCGUGUGGCCUGGGCAAGUGGUUUUCCCUCUCUGGGCCCCAGUUUUCCAUUUAUAAACGGGGGUAAUAGAUAAUACCUGCCUCCUUUGGGUGGGUGAGGCUUGAAUGGUGGGGACGAUGGUGUUAGCAUAAACACAACAUUGACCGGUGUUGCGCAUGUCUGGGGGUUCCUGUCAGGGGUCCGGCAGGAACGCUAGUUACUCCUCCCUUGCAGUUGGGCUGGCUCUCUGCAGACCCUGGCUGGAUACCAGCUGUGUGCAGACAUUGUGGGCCAUAAGUAUCCCUUAGACCUUUGUGGGUGGAGGUUAACAGCCCCAUUUUAUACAUGGAGAAAGAAAGUUCCAGAGAGCUUAGGAGGUAUACGUCAAGUCACGCAGCUGGUCAGCGACAGACAGAACUGGAGCCAAGUCCCUGGUACACCACACACUGUCUCCUCAGAACGCACUGCCAUCUGGGUGCCCUGGCUGGUCAGGAGUGCAUCUGGAGGGGGUCAGUUAUAAGGCUGAGGAGAGGUGACAGGGAAACGAGAUAAGAAACACGCCAUUUAGAUGGCCAUGCUUUCAGAGCCUCCUCCCCACAGGCCAGGCCUUGGGCUCUCCCCACUGCCAUCUUAUGACCAAGAGAAUUGAGAGAUAGCUUCCCAGCCGGCGCUUAGCAGCAGGUUUGGAUCUGCCACCUCCCUUCCUGUCUUGCCAAGGGUUGGGGAGACGCUCCACCAAGCUGCAGAGAGAUAGCAGAAUGGUUCCUUGCCCUCCCAAAGGGGGGCAAGACUUCUCCAUGUCCUUCCUUCCCACUGGGCUGGUUUCCAACCCACCACCUUCACGAUUUGUGAAUGCAAAGCGAAGACCACUCAGAUCGGGUUGUUCUGCUUCCACUUGGCAGCCCUAGGUGCUGGAGGCUGCGGCUCUGGGUGAGGGUGGGCCCUGGUCUGUGGGGUAUGGGCAUCUGUGAGCACCUUCCGCACGCAGCCCCGGAGGUCAGGUGGCAGAGUCUCUUGUGACAGGUUGCAGCAGCAGAAGCCCUAAGGAAGCAGCUUGUAUCUCGGAUGAGGCUGUGUACCUCCACUGCCUGUCUAGGCUGGAGGAACGGCGAUGGCAUCUUUAACUGGUCCCUUCCUCACAGAUCACUAAGUGUAAGAGGCCAAGCCUACAAA